AUGGUACUCAGCCACUCAACCUCCACUGCAGCCACCACCCAGGACUCAAAUCCCAAUCUGGAAUCAUCCUCUCUCACCUGCCAACCCAUCAUUUACUACCCAAGAAACUCCGACGAUGCUAUCGCCGUCCUCAACAUCUUUAAUGAAAUCCUCCCAUCCGAACUCGGAUUAAGCAUACUACACCAUGCAGAAUACUGGCUUCUAUCGCGUGUAUCCAGAAAACACACAAUCGCCUACAACUCAGAUACUGGCCGGGAUAGACACCCAUAUCUACAAUCCAACCCUAUUCAAGGCAACAACUUCCCCGUGAAGAAAAUUAUCAUCGAUAUCUGGAGCCAUGAUCAAGAAUUCAACUAUUAUUUUGAAUCGGGAACAGACAACUACGAAGAUUCUCCGACUUGGUUCGAUGUAGGCAUUGAAAGACCCUCUGGAAGAGAGGAGUUAUUGAGUGAUACCGAGGUAAGGAUUGUAGAGAAUGUUUAUGGGAGUGCGAAGACGAAGCAUCACCGGAUUGUUUAUCGUGGAGAUCAAGACUCGGAUCAGGGCGUGGGUCACAGUUGGAUGAGACAGUUACGGGCUGAUGAUCGAGUUUCGAUUAUUCCGCAAGCGAGGUUUUUGGGAUGGAAGAAUUUUGUGGAAGGGGCUGUUAUUGAGGUUUAUACUGAUUCUUUUUGA